AUGAAGCGAUUUACGGGUAGUUUACUUAUCCUGGCAGUUUUGUCGGUGGGAGUUUAUUCGGCUGCCAUAGAAAGUACCAUUGAUUUCUACAAACUCUACGAUAAUCCUGAGGCCCAUGUUAGUCUUAAGGGUAAAGCAACUACGGCUGAUCGCACUGCUGCGCAUGGAUAUCCUUCAGAACAUCAUCAUAUCGUCACCGAAGAUGGUUACAUCCUGGGAGUAUUCCGAAUUCCCUACUCCCACAAGUUGCAGAAUCAGAACGAAAAGCGACCCAUUGUCCUGCUUCAACAUGGACUAACUAGCUGUUCGGAUGCCUGGAUUUUGCAAGGACCCAAUGAUAGUCUGCCUUAUUUGCUGGCGGAUACGGGAUAUGAUGUGUGGAUGGGCAAUGCUCGAGGUACUUCAUAUUCCAGAAAUCACACUACGCUCUCCACGGAUCUUCCACUUUUCUGGCAAUUUAGUUGGCAUGAGAUCGCCGUUUACGAUAUCUCAGCCAUUAUUGAUUAUGCAUUGAGGACCGAAAAUGGUGAGGGUCAGGAUGCCAUUCACUAUGUGGGUCACUCGCAAGGUACCACGGUAUUUUUUGCCCUGAUGUCCUCGAUUCCCGCCUACAACUAUAAGAUUAAAACCGCUCAUCUUUUUGCCCCGGUGGCUAUUAUGAAGAAUUUGUCCAGCCCUUUGGUGCGCUACUUGGGUCCCUAUUUGGGCCAUAGGAAUGCCUAUUCGAUUCUUUUUGGCUCCCAGGAGUUUGUGCCUCACAAUGAGUUCCUCGUGGCCUUGUUUUUCAAUAUCUGCCAGCCGGAUUUCUUACUGCGACCGGUUUGUGAAGGUGCCAUGAAGAGUCUUUAUUCCGGAGGUCGUGUGAAUAUGACUGCCAUGCCGGAAGCUAUGGCCACCCAUCCUGCGGGCUGUUCCACGGAUCAAAUGUUGCACUAUCUCCAGGAACAACAAUCUGGUUACUUCCGCCAAUAUGAUCAUGGAACCAAAAAGAAUCUGCAGGUCUACGGAUCCGAGGAACCUCCAGAAUAUCCGGUGGAGCUGAUAAAUUCCCUGGUUCACUUGUGGUAUGCAGAUAGUGAUGACUUGGCCGCCGUGGAGGAUGUUGAGGAAAUAGCCAAAAGAUUGCCGAAUAAGGUGAUGCAUCGCAUGACUGAUCCGGAGUGGAAUCAUGGUGAUUUCGCCCUCAACUGGGAGGUCCGUAAAUAUGUCAACGAGCCAGUAAUUGCCAUUAUGGAGGAAUAUGAGCAGAAGAACAGCGGAACGUGAUUGAUAGGUUUCUUAAUCUCAGAGCCACUUUAUGCUUGUGAUAAUCGG